UAAAUGAAAAAUAGAAUAAAACUAAAUCACAACUGUAACUAAGAUUUUUUUCUUGGUGUCAUCUCCAAAGAUCUUUUUUCUUCUCUUCUGAUCAUCACAAUGAAUUGUCUUCAGAAUCUUCCGAGUUUCAGAUCCUAUGCCUUGCCAUUUCAAGGUUUCAAGUGCAAUCCAAGAAAACUACUUUCUUGUUCCCUUAAUAUGAUGUUACAUUUCCAGGGCGGGAUGAACUCGAGUAAUGUACCGCGGAGUAUGGUAGUUAAGGCAAUUCCUGGUUCCACAUCAAGUGAAAAAACGAGUAACUCUGACUCAGAGGGGAAAAAAUCUGAGACAUAUAGUCAUGAUAUGACAGAAGCUAUGGGCGCUGUUUUGACUUAUAGGCAUGAAUUGGGAAUGAACUACAACUUUAUCCGUCCAGACCUAAUUGUAGGCUCAUGUCUGCAGACUCCUGAAGACGUUGACAAGUUACGUAAGAUCGGAGUUAAAACGAUAUUUUGCUUGCAGCAAGACCCAGAUUUGGAAUAUUUUGGGGUUGAUAUUGGCGCCAUUCAAGAUUAUGCCAAGAAAUGUGGUGAUAUUGAACACAUACGUGCUCAAAUAAGGGACUUCGAUGCAUUUGAUUUACGGAUGAGGCUUCCGGCUGUGGUUAGUAUAUUGCAUAAGGCCGUAAAUCGGAAUGGAGGUGUAACAUAUAUCCAUUGUACCGCUGGACUUGGAAGAGCUCCUGCUGUUGCGUUGGCAUAUAUGUUCUGGGUUCAAGGCUAUAAACUUAGCGAAGCUCACAGAGAACUGCUGAGCAAACGCUCAUGCUUCCCGAAAUUGGAGGCCAUCAAAAGUGCUACUGCUGAUAUUCUCACCGAUCUCAAGAAGGAGCUUGUCACUUUGUCAUGGGAAGACAGAAAGUGCUCUACAGUGGAAGUUUCUGGACUUGAUAUAGGUUGGGGCCAGAGAAUGCCUUUGAAGUUUGACGAAGAGAAUGGUUCAUGGACUCUUCAGAGAGAACUUCCGGAAGGACGCUAUGAGUACAAAUAUAUAGUUGAUGGUGAAUGGACCUACAAUGAGUUUGAACUGGUAACAACCCCUAACAAAGAUGGCCAUGUCAACAAUUUUCUUCAUGUUGUGAACAGUGACCCAAACAGCGCAAAUGGAGAAGCUCGGAAGAGGCUGACUAGUGACGAUCCUGAUCUUACCAAAGAAGAACGGAUUAAGAUUAGACGGUUUCUGGAGUCCUAAACUGAAAAAUAGAAUAGAAAAGCAAACAUGUAAAUUUUGUUUGAAAUAAGCUUGUAUCCUACUGUUAUCUUGUAGAAUUACUACGAUAAAUAAAGAGUGAUGGCUUUAAUAAUUACCCACAAAA